AUGGCUCCAACUUUCAUAGCCGAAUCAGUGACGUCGGCAAUCAUCGAGAACCUUGUCAACACUUGCUCGUCCUACCUCAAGGCAUGCCAGGCGGCUGGCGGCUUGCAUGACGAGCUUGAACGGCUCCAGUACGCCCUUCCGCAGGUCCAGGCAAUCUUGACUGCGGUCGAGGGGGGUGCGCCGGUCAUGGUACAAAACAAAGCACUGGAAACGUGGCUGUGGCAGCUCAGAGACGCCGUGGAGAACGCAGAGGACGCGCUCGACGAGCUGGACUACUACGAGCUGGAGAAGGCUAUACAAGAUCGAGAUGACAAGGUGCGUGGUGUUCUAUCUAACUGCAAGAGAAAGUUUGAUAGUUUCAUUAAUCGUAUCUUUAGCGAUGACACACUGAAGCGGUUGAGGGAGGCCGUCAAGGGGUUGGAUCGGGUCAUUGCCGGUAUGGGGCCACUCCUUCAACUUGGUACUGGAUUAUAUGGCCCUAGUGUUAAGCGUCGGAAGAUCAAUGAAGUCCAGAAUGCUCGCGAGACUAGCUCCUUGUUAACCGAAAGUGAGGUGCUCGGACGAGACGAGGAGAGGGACUUGAUAGUCGAAUGGUUGAUCAAACCGAGAGAUACAGAUGUCUCCGCUUUCUCAGUUGUUGGUAUGGGUGGGCUCGGGAAGACUACUCUUGCUCAACUAGUCUAUCGCGAUGAUAGAGUGCAAGAGUAUUUCGACCCGAUUAUGUGGGUUUGCGUUUCUCAAAACUUUGAUGCAGCAGUGAUAACAAAAAAGAUGUUAGAAGGUGCAAGUAGUGAUAGUCUUGGCGACAAUAGUCUAAAUGCACUCCAUUAUAUUCUUAAACAGAAACUUACAUCGAAGAGGUUUUUGCUCAUGCUAGAUGAUGUUUGGAAUGAUGAUACAAUGACGGAGUGGGAGAAAUUAGUUGCUCCUUUGAAAUUCGGACAGAGAGGAAGCAAGAUCCUGUUGACAACUCGGAUGCGUUCGGUUGCAGAUAUGGCGGCAAAAGUGAUGAAAUGCAAACAGGAAUCAUUAAAUCUAAAUAAGUUGGAGGAGAGCGACUAUAUGUUGCUUUUCAAUAAGCAUGCAUUCCUCGGUGUGAACCCUGAUGAUUAUAAAAACUUGCAACCAAUUGGCGAACAUAUAGCGAGGAAACUUGGAGGAUGCCCAUUGGCAAUAAAGGUCAUGGGAGGAAUGCUGAACUCCUGCAUGGACUAUGAAUAUUGGAAGAAAAUCUUGGAAGAAGAAGACAUCAUGAAAUUACAGCAAGGAAAGGACGGCAUCAUGACAAUUUUGAGAUUAAGCUACGACCACUUACCCACAAACUUACAACUCUGCUUUAGAUAUUGUAGUAUAUUUCCACAAGAUUAUAUCUUUAAGAGGAAAGAGUUGGUCUAUAUGUGGAUGGGUUCAGGUCUAAUUCCGCAGUCUAUUUGUGGAAGACGAAGGCGGGAGGACAUUGGAAGGGAAGAGAUCUCCAAUCUUAAGAACUUGCGUACUCUUGUCAUAUCUGUUAAAGAGAAUCAUGGGCAUAAUGCAAAUCAUUUACUUGUGUUUAAUGAGGUUGUGGAAGGAUUUAAAAAGUUAUACUUAUUGAGCUUAGAUGUGAAUUUUGACACUUAUAAACUGCCCUAUGCACUUAAUAGCUUGAUACACCUCCGCUACCUAUCUCUUUCGGAAAGAGUGGCUUUAUCACCUACAAUUCCUGAAGUUCUUUACUCAUGGAACGACUACUGA